AAAUUGUGUCAGUCUGUGCCAAUUUUUACGUUUAAUAUUUGAAUGAUUUAAAUGUGUCUGUAUGACUAUAAUAUUUCUUAAUUUAGCCUCUACAUAAAAAUAAAUUCUCCGUCGAGCUUAAUUGUAUAUCUCUAUCUAUGAAUUAAUGGACUGCAUUUAUAAAACAAAUUCAUGAUGUCACAACUUUUUCAAGUGUUGAGAUGCUAUAAAUGUUUAGCGUUUCAGGUCCAUCACACGAAAAAAAGCAAUAAAUUUUUAUGUAAAAUAUGUAAUGAGAAACAAUCUAUUAAGAGACACUAUAGUAUUGGGAUAGCUAAGGACUGUAGAAUGCAUGUACAAAAACUUAAUAAAUUGAGAGGAGAGAAGGAUGAAACAAUACUUGAAGAAAGUUCAGAGGAGUGUAGAGAUGUGGAUACUUCUGAAAAUAGCUGUGAAAAUAUUUCUUAUAAUACAGACAUUAGUAAGAAUAGAAGCAAAUGGUUAGCAUAUGUUGAUAUUGAUAAAUCUGAUACAGUAGAAAAUCAGUCCCAUCAAAAAGACAGCGAAAAUGAAAAAUAUAAUUCAAGGCGGCAGAACAAAAACAUGUACUCGAAAUAUAAGAGUAAAAGAAAAAGCAGUAUUGAUAGUGAUACUGAAUUAGGUGGUAGUUAUGUAGAAGAUGUUAUUGAAGACAGGGAUGAAAACAAAAAAAAUAUGUUACAUGAAAAAAAAAUAUUUACCACAGAGGUGAAUUGUACUUUGACAGACAAUGAUAGUAUAAAACAUAAUGUAAAUACAAUUAAAAAACCUAAAUUUGAACCUCCGCUGGUUGCAAAAUCAUCGAAAUGGGCUAAUUUUAUAGAAGAAGAUGAAAAUAUUGAAAGUAAUAUAACUAAUGAAGACAAUAGAGACUUGACUUGCAAAAUACAGCCAAUGUUCAGUUUAUGCGAUGAAAGUGAUAUCGAUGAUGUUUUGAACAUAUAAAUAUAUGCACUGCAGAGAAAUUCAGAAGGUAUUUUAUUUAGUACUGUGAAGGGAAAAUGUAUCUAAAUAAAUUUUUCAUUAAUAUUUUUUUUUUUUGAUAGCUGAUGUCAAUAUGUAGAUGUAUAUGUACAUUUUUAAGUGACAGUAUAAUCAGAUUAAUACCAUCAAUAGAAUUAAUACUAGAGCAGUUGAAAUUAAAACUUUUUUAUAAUGUGAGACUGAAACAGAAAUAUUAUGUUGUCUCAUUGUAAAUUAGACAAGUUAAGUUUACCAUAUCAAAUAAUUACUUUUUAAGCAAUUUUUUGUUUAUAUAAUGUGUUUAGUAAAAGAGAGAAUUUUUAGUUAAAAUAAUAUAUUAUUGAUUUUAGUAUAAGUAGAGGAAUGAUAUAUAAAAUGUGUCAAAGUGUUGUUUUAAUUGUAUUUAAAACAUUUUUAAUCCAUAAAAUAGUGUAAUAUAUUUAAAAUAAAAUUCUAGCCUUAUGUCAAAAUAUGCUUAUCUUGUUUGUAUCUGUAAGCACUUUGUUACGAAAAUAGUGGCAGCCCUAACAGUUACAAUCUGUACACUGAC